CGAGUGAUGCAGGUAAACCUGUUGUUCCUCUCCGACUCCUCCUGCGUCGGUCUCACACUCAAGGUAGGCUCAGUGUUGUAGGAGGGACGUGUGAUGAAUCAUGCCUUCAGCUGUGCAGGUUUAGGUUGCUGCCCCUUCCCCGGCGUUCACUCGCUGCCGCGGAACCUGGGUAACAUGUGUGAGGGCAAUGGGUCAGGGGACUCCAGAUAAUAUGAACUGGGCCGGACUACUGCAGAAUCUGCUGCUCUUGGUCCAUCUCAGGCAGAUCAUAUGUGGUUCUGUCCAGUUUUCUGUCCCAGAGGAACAGGAACCUGGCACUCAAGUCGGAUCACUUAGUAAACACUUUCCACCCCCGUACCAGCUCCUGACCCAGGACUACCUGUGGAUGGACAAAAACACAGGGAAUUUCUACACCACGGAGCAAAGGAUGGAUCGCGAGGCCCUUUGCCCGGAGGAGACAAAAGCUGAGGAAUGCAUUAUUCUACACUAUGCCAUUGUCAGGCCCUCGGGGGACCUUAUACAGUUUCCAGUGAUCAUUGCGGACAUCAAUGACAAUGCGCCUCACUUUGAAAACAGUGAAAUACACCUGAGGAUUUCUGAGGACGUGGCUGUAGGGACCAGUUUCUUAUUGGAUGAGCAGGCUCAGGACAGGGACGUCGGUCGAAAUGGAGAGCUGCAGUACCGCCUAGAAUAUUCUGAUGGAGUUUUCAGUUUAAAAGUCGAAGACGACGGGUUAUUCAUCCUGCUGGUUGUAGAAGCAGCCCUAGAUAGAGAGACUCAGGAGCAGUAUCAGGUGAUGCUGGUGGCCUCCGACCACGGCGCAGACCCUUUAAGUGCUACGGCAACUUUAAAAGUCACAGUGACAGAUGUUAACGACAACUGUCCAAGCUUUAGCCCUGACAGCCCGCGCAAUGUCACCAUCCCCGGAGACUCCCCGAAGAACAUGUUGGUGGCUCAGGUCAGAGCCACAGACCCCGAUUCAGGCCCUAAUGCUGCCAUCGUUUAUUCCCUCAGUCCCAAAGUCUCCGAGCAGGCCAAGAAGCUCUUUAGCCUCGACAGCCUCACUGGGUCCAUCACACUAACACAGGACCUCCGAAGUGACAACUCUGAGGAACUGGUGUUAAAACUGUUAGCUAGCGGCCGCCACUGCCCCCCAGCAGACACUCAGGUUACUGUAUCUGUGCUCCCCAAGGCGACCCAAGAGCUGACGAUCAAGAUCAGGUUCAUAGUGGAGCAUCAAAACCAGACUAUGGUGUUACCCGAGAACCAGCCCCCCACCGUCUUAGCUGUUUUAGAGCUUGAGGGUGACAGCGGCUUUAAAGGCUCAUCUCUUGCCAUUGAGGGUGAAGUGCCUUUCACUUUGAGCCCCCAGAAUGGCAAAUAUCUGCUUUCCACAUCAAAGCCCCUCGACUAUGAGUUGAAAAGAGAACACCAUAUUUCUGUGAUAGUCCGCGGGAGAUCAGGUGAGGCGUCUACGAUCAUAAACUCAAGGCAUGUGAUCAGGCUGUCGGUGGCAGAUGUCAAUGAUAAUGCUCCACAUUUCCCCCAGCCACAUUACCAGCUAGAGGUGGUGGAAAACAACCGGCCAGGGAUGUCACUGCUGCAGCUCUCAGCAUCAGAUGCAGACAGCGGUUACAACAGCAGGGUGACCUACAGUCUGGACAAACACACAUCUACCAUCUUUAACAUUGACCCUGUGACAGGUCAACUGUCUGUGUCAGCCUCUCUAGAUAGGGAGCAGCAGGGUGUUCACAAGCUCACUGUGUUUGCACGAGAUAGCGGCUCCCCUCCCCUGCAGUCCGUGACCACAGUAUCCAUUCGUGUUCUCGACCAGAAUGACAAUGCACCUGUUUUUCUAACCCCUCACUUCAUCUUUUUCAUCCCUGAGAAUGUGCCACCAUUUGCCCAUGUGGGGAGGGUUGGGGUGACAGACUCAGAUGAAGGGGAGAAUGGGAACACAGAGUUGCAUGUUGUAAACAGCAGUGGACCAUUUAUUGUGGAUAACACCCAGGGGACACUUCGCACCGCCACAAACUUGGACCGCGAGACAGAGGAGCACUAUGAACUCUACCUGCUGGCCAGCGAUCAUGGGCACCCGCUCGCUUUGACAUCCACAGCCAGGGUAACUAUCUUUGUGGAGGACAUCAAUGACAACCAGCCAAAAGUAAUCCUUCCCAGCAGCAACUCCUCAUGCCUGACUGUCUCUCCUUCUGCUACGGCAGGCUCCAUGGUGACAAAGAUCUAUGCCAUAGAUCAGGACUCUGGGCUGAAUUCAGAGAUUACAUACACUGUUGUGGCACCAGAGGCUUUGCAAAACAGCAGCCCCUUCCAGGUGGAUCCAAGGUCAGGGAACAUCACCUUAGCUCAGCAACUUCAACAGCAGGACCUGGGAAUGCAUCACCUGUUCAUUGUGGUCAGGGAUGGGGGGAAACCAAUUCCUCUUUAUAGUACUGUCUGGGUCAAUCUGUUGGUCAAUGAGAGCGUAGAGCCCUGUCACUUGGACAGGGCACCCACCUGGACAGGGACACGUCAAUUGGUUCAAACCCCCUCAAGGGCCCCCAUGUGUGAAAUGGAGACUCCUAAGUCUGCUCGGCUGAUAUUGCUAGCAGGAGUGGGUUUAAUGCUGGCAUCCGCAUGUUUGCUUCUGGUGACAAUGGUUUUACACCUGAAACAGAGGAGAAGACGAGUGCAAAAGAAGACGAGGGGGCAGAUUGAGGAAAAUAAGAUCCCACUCAGGCACAAAGACAAAUAUUACUCUGAUGACUAACAGAAUAAAGCAAGCGAUGCAUAUAAUCCUUACUCAUACAGUGUCAAAGAUGAACGCAGCCCGUGAAAUAAAUGUAUUCAGAGUAAAUGGGAAAAGCUUCUUGCAUUUUAAUGAUAACAUUUGUUGAGUUAUUCUGACACAGUGUAUUCCAACAUUUGUCAACAAAAUUGUGUGGAAAUAGAGUUGAUCCAUUUUCUGAUGAAGAUCCCUGUAAAGCUACCAACAAAGCAAAUAAAAGGUCAUCUGAUUAGUGAA